GCAUGUCCUCCCCUCUGUCUCCCCUUUCUAUCUGUCACUAUCCAAUAAAGCAGCAAAAAUGCCAAAAAAAUAAUCUUUAAAAAAAGUAGUGUAUCUAUAAAUGUCUGUAGAUUUUGUGAAAAAUUGCUAAAACCAUGACAGUAAAAGACCAUAAAAUGAUAAAUGGGUUAAUUCAGUUUCAGUUACAAUGAAACAUCGUAAAUGUAUAUAUCAGCCAAAACAGUAUUUUUUCCAUUUUCUUUUGAAAAAUGCAUUACUCCACUGUAAAAUACACUGGCACAGUGUACUUAUAUACUAAUAUAUUUACAAGCCAUCACUGUAAUUUUUGCAUUUAUUUUUUGUAAAUAAAUAAAUGCACUUUCUCACUGUUAAAUGUACAAAACACCAUAUCUCUAACAAAUUCAUUUAUGCAGCAUUUAUAAAGUAUUUUCUUGUCAAUUAUACGGCAAAACAGUGUUUCUUUUGAUGGAAAAACUCAAUUUUUAACGGUAAAAUAUGGAAUAAAAUGACAAUCUUAAACGGGAAAUCAACAGUGCUAAUAUCAUUUUACCGUAAUAUUAUAAAAAGUUGCACCAUAUUUAUUGCGGUAAAGUUCUGGCAACCACAGCUGCCGUUUUUUUUUUUUUUUUUUUACCAUAAACAGUUUCUUUUUCGAUUUUACACAAAUUUCUAUCCAAUCAUGUGAAACUGUGUUUGAAUGUUUCUAUAUGUAUCUAUUAUCAGUUUAAUAUCUAGCUAUAUUUAAUUUUUAUGACAUUUAUAUGACAAUUAAAAUGUGUGUUCUUUAUAUUGUAGCAUAGGAAGACCAUAAUGUAUAUUUUUCAAUCCAUCUCUCACUCUGUAUGAAAAUCAUACCAAGCAUUAUGAAGUCCAUAUAUGCACAAACAUCUUUCACCCAAUCAUAUUUUAUUUUUCUCUACACCUUUUUUUUUAUAAGUCUGGGAAAAUAAGAUGAAGCAGCGUAAAGUUCCAGUAUGUCAAUGUGUCUGGUGUCUGCAAUUGAAUAUUUCCAUAUGUAUUUAUUAUCACUUUGAUAUACAUUUUAAUAUCUAGAUAAAUGUAAUUUUAUGACAUUUAUAUGAGAAUUAAAAUGUUUGUUCUUUAGUUUUUAUUAUUAUUAUUAUUAUUAUUAUUAUUAUUAUUAUUAUUCUUUUUGCUGUUUUUCUUGAUAUGUAUCCAUGUUAUGAGACUUUGCUGCUCCCCUCUGGCUCGGGCCUCCUGGACUCAAUCUCUGGCCCUUUUUAUAUGAGCGGAUAUUCAGGGACAUUUUGUUGGACCGACAUGUUAUGUGUGUACAUAUUCUUUUUACGUUAAUUAAUAAGUGGUGGCUGUCUGUCUGUUGUUUCUGUUCCGUUUUAUCGGUUUGUUUACUUUUAUUUUAUUUUUUUCUGUUGUUUUUUUUCAAAUAUUUCUUGUAUUGUAUGUGUCUGUAUAUAUAUGUGCCAAAACUUUGCAUAAAUAAAAUUUACCCAAAAAAAAAGUGUCUGUUCUUUAUAUUGUAGCAUGGGAAGACCAUAAUGUAUAUUUUUCAAUCCAUCUCUCACUGUGUAUGAAAAUAAUGCCAAGCAUUGUAAAGUCCAUAUAUGCAUAAACAUCUUUCACCCAAUCAUAUUAUUUUAUUUUUCUCUACACCUUAUUUUUUUUAUAAGUCUGGGAAAAUAAGAGGAAGCAGCGUAAAGUUCCAGUAUGUCAUCGUGUCUGGUGUCUGAGAUUCCUAAUGGCAUCACCGGCCAUUAUUUCCAUAUUUGUCUUUAUUAUCAGUUUAAUAUACAUUUCAAUAUCUAGAUAAAUGUCAUUUUUUGACAGUUAUGACAAUUAAAAUCUGUUAUUUAAAUUGUAGCAGGGAAGACCAAUAUGUAUAUUUUUCAUAUAUGCAAAAUCAUUUUAUUUUUCUCUACACUUUUUUUUUGUCAUUUUUAUGACAUCUAUAUGACAAAGUGUUUCUGUUCUUUAUAUUGUAGUAGGGGAAGACCAACUUGUAUAUUUUUCAAUCCAUCUCUCACUGUGUAUGAAAAUAAUAUCAAGCAUUGUGGAUCUUUCACCCAAUCGUAUUAUUUUUAUUUUUCUCUACACCAUAUUUUUUUCAUAAGUCUGGGAAAAUAAGAGGAAGCAGCGUAAAGUUCCAGUAUGUCAUCGUGUCUGGUGUCUGAGAUUCCUAAUGGCAUCACCGGCCGCUGAUUGGCCGCCCCGCCCGCGAGCUGCAGAGGUGGAAAGGGGCGUGAACGGCUCUCCGGCGCGCUAUAUGUACGGCUGAGCGCCUCUCCGGGAUCAGGGGGAACGCUCCAGCGAGAAGAGAAGCAGCAAGCAGCCGCAGCAGCAGCAGAGACUUGGACAUUACACACAGCCGAACAACUCCAGCGGACCCGCUCGGACUCCAUACACUUAACCACAGCAGCAGAGAGGAGAAGGAAAAGUUUGGAGCGAUGCAGUCAGUGUACCAGCACCUGAUCUGCCUGCUGUUUGCCUUCAGCCUGCAGGUUAACCAGCUGACGGAGGGCUGCUCGUGCGCUCUGACGCACCCGCAAGACGCAUUCUGCAACUCCGACAUAGUGAUCCGAGCUAAAGUUGUGGGCAAGAAGCUUCUGAGAGAUGGACCUUUUGGAACAAUGCGCUACACAGUCAAGCAAAUGAAGAUGUACAAAGGAUUUGACAAAGUCCAGCACGUGCAGCACAUUUACACGGACGCCUCAGAGAGUUUGUGUGGCGUGAAGUUUGACAUCAACAAGUACCAGUACCUGAUCACAGGUCGAGUUUAUGAUGGCAAGGUCUACACGGGGUUGUGCAACUUCAACGAUCGGUGGGAGCGUCUCUCAUUGGCCCAGAAGAAAGGCAUCAACCAUCGCUACCAGCUAGGCUGCAACUGCAGGAUUAAGCCCUGCCACUACCUGCCCUGCUUCGUCACCUCAAAGAACGAGUGCCUAUGGACGGACAUGCUGUCCCACUUCGGCUAUCCUGGCUACCAGUCCCGGCACUACGCCUGCAUCCAGCAGAAGGAAGGCUACUGCAGCUGGUACCGGGGCAUGACCGCACGCGACAAAACCACCAUCAACGCCACCGACCCCUGAACCCCGAAGCACCCUGCCCCAAAAUCCACUGCCGCCUCCCUGACUCCGUCCUAUCCCUAAUCACUUCUAGAGUAUUACAGGACUCUUUAAGCUCACUGGCUUGGGUGACAGCUUCUUUAAAGGGGCAAAGAAAAGAGAAAAGAACAAAUCCAUUACAGUGCCUAUUUCGUAGCACUUCUGAUAGAAAACAAUACCUUUUUUGUUGUGCAGAUCACCCUGUUAAACUAUCACGUUCCCCAACCCACAAAUCAAACAGUCCUUGCAUCAAACCGUCUGUUCAGAGUUCAAAAGGUUACAAAGACAGACAAUUAUAAGACCAGGAACAAGUCUAAGACCUUGAUCAACUUCUAUUGGAUCUUCAGAGUUGAAUACUCCAAGACAGCCUGUACACAAUUAAAAGUAUCAAUAAAGACCACACCAUUGGUGUUCAUUAGCGACCUGCUGUUAGCCUACUGCUAACCUAGUGUGACUUUCUGCAUUUGGGAAAUGUAUCUUUUAAAAAGCAAGGACUCUCAAAUUAAAGGUAAUAAAGUAUCAUGAAUUGCAGUCAAUGACAAAAAGUAAAGCCAAUGAUCGUUAUGUAAAUUUGAGUUGCAUUGUUGCUACUGAACUGCAUCUGCUAGCAUUAGACUCUUGCAGUUCUACAUACCAACAAUACAGAUCGAGUGCCAAUGUGAGGUAUGAUUUCUGAUUUUACCUCUUAUUUUGGCCUCAAUACAUAUAUAUAUAUCUUUUUUUUUUGGGGGGGGGGGUGGUAUUGUUUUACAGUGAAGUAUAUAUUGAUUAUGUUCACAGUUUUUACUGUAACAUGUGUCUUUAUGGAUGGUCGUAUCUCUGCUCACCUGAGUGUUUGCAAUGUAACUCAUUUUGCAGUUACAUCACAAACAACGCCCUUUCUGUUGAGCACUGACCAAUAUCAGAGACACGCUAAAAAUGUCUGUUACAGUGCCAACGCAGGGAAGAGUGAUAUUUUAUUUUUUGCUGUAUAUAACAUAAGCUACAGAAAUGAACUCGGCUGAAACCUCUGUAAUACAUUUAUUUAUAUGUUUAAUGGAUUACACAGUAACUAUGUGGUAUUAUCUGCAAAAAAAAAAGAAUAUACUAUAUAAUAACAGGUCAAAACUACAUUGUGACAACCAUCACAGCCUGUGCAACCGUCCAGAAGAAAGGAUCUCCAGUUGUAUGGUACUUAGGUUUGUUAGCUUGAUCAUAGUUCCCCUGACUGGUACUCUUUACCAAUCCAUGAAAGUCAAGUAUAAGCAGAGGUUUCAGAGAUUCAGAUAUUUUGUAAGUGUAUAUUCAAUCUUUUGUAUUUAACUAUCAAAUGGACAUUAUAUAUAUAUAUAUAUAUAUAUAUAUAUAUAUAUAUAUAUAUAUAUAUAAGAAAUGAAAGUAAUAAUAUUGUCACUAAAUUCAUUCUUCCUCACCUUUCAUUCUUCCUUUUUUCUCCCAGUGCUGUACCUUCAGUCCAUUCCAUUAACAGACACAGGUUUGCUUAAUCGCAACACAAAAAUAAUAUAAAAAUGCUAAUGCACUGUGGCUUUGACCAAGUUGGAUCUUUUCAAGACUCGUUCAACAUUUUUGGAAAUAUUUGCUUUUUUGCUUUGAGCUUUGAUUUAGAUGAGCCAGUUAGCUUAGCUCUUAAUGCUAAGCUAAGCUAACCAUCUCGUGGCUGUAGGUUCAAAUUUACGCACACACAUAAGUCAGUAGGAAAGCAAAACAAGCGUAUUUCCCAAAAUGUCAAACACAUUCAUUCAUCUCCAUUCCAAAAUGACAAAAAUGUGGUGUUUUCCCUCGAUAUUCUUCAUGCGAAAACAGCAUUUAAGCCACCUCCGGACACUAAAAGUCUGAUUUUAUCAGAGGAGGAAGACUACCAGUUUGUACCUAAUACUCAAAAAAUAUUGGCCUGAUAACUUUAUCUGAAUUCCAAUAAAAUGAUUUGAUUUCAGUGAUGUUAAUGCACCCUGUUUAAUUUUACACCACACAUUUUCAGCUUUAAACAAAUCAAUCUUAAUUCUUCUCUUGCUUGUUCUCUUGCGCAAAAUGUUGCUUUUUUAAAG